AUGAAGAUCAUCUGCGUUUUCGUGCUGACCCUGGCCAGCGUGGAACUGGCCGCGGGCUCCUUGCUGAUUGGUGCCUUCAACAUCAGGUCGUUUGGUGACAAAAAAGCAUCGAACACCACCCUGAUGGACAUCGUCGUCAAGAUAGUUCACAGGUAUGACAUUGUACUGAUUCAAGAGGUGAGAGACAGUGAUCUGUCUGCAACCAAGAAGCUGAUGCAGCAUGUGAACAAGGGAUCUUCACCUUAUGUGUACCAGCACAUAGUCAGCGAACCACUAGGUAGAAGCACUUACAAGGAGAGGUACCUCUACCUUUACAGAGAGGAGACGGUGUCUGUGGCCAAGAAUUUCACGUUCGAUGAUGGAUGCGAACCCUGUGGAACAGACACCUUCAACCGGGAGCCCUUUGUUGUGAUGUUUUCAUCAAAAUAUUCAGCGAUCCGUGACUUCGCCCUCAUUCCUCAGCACACAUCCCCUGAUGAUGCGGUGAAGGAAAUCGACGCCCUCUACGACGUCGCCGCCUAUACCAGAGCCCGCUGGAAUACCGAUAACAUCCUGCUGUUGGGAGACUUCAAUGCUGGCUGUAACUAUGUCCUGGACUCUGAGUGGCCACAGAUUCGGCUGUACACAGACAAGGCUUUCCACUGGCUGAUCCCAGACACCACCGACACCACCGUUGGGCACACGAACUGCCCUUAUGACCGGAUCGUGGCUACGACGCCCAUGAUGAACGCUGCUGUUCCCAGGUCAGCUGUGGUCUACAACUACAUGACAGCCCUGAAGCUAAGCCUUGACUGGGCUCUGGCAGUGAGUGAUCACUUCCCUGUUGAAGUCCUCCUGUCUGGGCCUUGAGGACGCUGCGAUUGGCAAAUCAACAUCCUGGCAUUUUUUUUUGCACAGGCAACCAAUCAAAUCGAUGAAUAAGGCCACGCCAUUCCUCCAAUGAGAAGCAUGUGAUUAAUGCUGAUGACGAAUAAAUGAAUGAAAGCAAAUAUUCUGCCUGUUUGUGUAAAAUCUUGAAAUCAGACAGUUUGUAGAGAGAAAAACUGAAACUGAGGUCCAUUCAGCAUAAUCUCCUAAAUGUUACUGAGCUGCAACA